AUGGCGGAAGAAGCGAAAUUUCGAACAGCAACAAUCAAAGCAAUUAUUGAAUCAGCAUUAGCAGAUCAAAAUGAUGACCAAAAACUAAGAAUUCCGCCAACAACUGUUGAGCUUAUUGCAGAAUAUUUAAGAUGUGUAGUUGUAGAAGCAACAGAAAGAGCAGCGGAUGUAGCAGGAGAUGAAAAGGUAAUAGACGAAUCUCAUUUAGAGAAAAUUUUACCACAAUUACUUCUUGAUAUUGCUUGA